UCUCAUUGGUCUCUCUGUCUCUGUCAGUCGCGUGGUUUGUCUCCGCAGUGGGUUUUCAGCGCUCGAGGUGAUUACAGCAGAGCCUCCAAAAACCUGCACGAGGCCAUAAAGAACAGCGACAUUCAGGACGAGAGACUCGCCAGACUCUACAACACACGCAUUAUGAGGGUGGAGUACUACUUUCUGUCGCAGUACGUGUCGGUGGUGGAGACGCCGUUCCGUCACGUGUUUCACGGCCGUGGCGAUCACACCCUGAGCGCUCUGGCCGAGCACCUGUCGCUCCUGCGCUCCGCGCCGCACCUGUUCGACGAGGCUCGUUUCCGUCGCCAGCUGGCGCUCUUCACCUGGACGCUUCAGGGCGCCGCAAACGCACUCAGCGGAGACGUCUGGAACAUCGACAACCCGCUCUAGAGCUCCAAACACGACCUUCAGCGUCUAUUUAUCCAGCAACACCUCGAAUCCCAUUACAUGGAGUGUGUUUUCAUACAGUCAAACCAAAAUUUAUUCAGACAUUCUCACAUUAUCACAGUGCUAUAGCUAUCAUAAGCUAUCAUAGCUAUAGUUUAGAAAAUGUUAAUAAAAUACGACGAGAACUGUGUCCGAACAAAUUCAUCUUGAUAAUGUCAGAUAACUUUGAGAGCGAGGGUAUGUAAUGAGUUAGGUUGAACUGGGGUGUGCGAUAUAUAUCGUCUGCGAUAAUAUCG